AUGAACAAUCAAUUAUUCCGACAAAUCAAACACUACGGGUGUUUACCAUUCAGAAACCUCACCACGUCCCAGCGUGUUCUUCAGUACUUACGGCUUGGGACAUCUCUACUAACGGUGAUUUUCGUGGUGAUUCUUCUUCAGGUUAACAACCAGUCCACUAAAGCCUAUGUGGCUAAAAUCAACUGUGCACACAUCGAUGUUGCCUACGGACUUUACAACUCGCUUCGGAACUCUAUUUCAGACUCAUAUGCCGAUGCAGACUACAGCAAUGGAUACCUACCUUCGGAUCUGAGUCUUACAGUUUCGGAAAUCAGUAUCUUGACGGAAUACACUCAGCAAAAAGUGUCUGAUGCACCACAGAGCAUUCUACUUGGGGUGUCCAGCUGGUGUAAAGUAGACUAUAAGACCAAGUAUCAAAAUGCACCACAUACUAACCAUCACGAGGCGAAUUUCACCACCACUUGCUUUGGUUACGAAGGCUCAUCUUUGUUCGACUAUCGAUGGCUUCUCAGUAACAAUGGUCUAACGAUUAUAUUGGCAUAUGCUUAUGAAUCUGACUAUGAUGAUGAUACAAGCUACGUAAAUAGGGUGGUAUCGAGGACACAAAAGUUCAGAAUUCUGAAGAUAGUCACCAUCGUGCAACUUGUAUUACAAUUACUCGUGUUCAUUUCCACGUUAGUGGUUUACGGUAACCGUGGCACUGAAAAGGAUUUAUCUCGGAUUCCCUCUUUAUUUCUCAACUUAGUUGCUCUCACGUCGAUGGCUGCUGGAGUAAGCAUGAUAGCUGCGUUUUCGCUUGUGUUCCAGGAGAUCAACGGAACGAUGAAGGAAAUCAGCUCAGGAAUGGCUAGCUUUGGAAUCAACAUGAGAACAGGUAAAACAUUCUUCACUGCGGCAUGGUUGGCGCUUGCAUUUUCGUGUCUUUCCAUGAUUUCGUGGAUUGGCCCGUUAUGGUGCUCAAACCCUCCCGAGGAAAACUACUUACAUGAAGAUGAGAUGUAUGCCAACCACCACGAUAUUUCAACCCUUUCUGAUCAAGAUGAGCAUUUUGUGGCAAGACCAUAUCAAGUCUCUCGUCAAACCAGGAAAAAGAACCUGAGAAGAGUACAUUCUAGGCUUUUUGACGAUGUGCCCGACAAUGACGAUUCAGACCAUGAGGGAUUGCUGGACAAAGAAGACCCCGAUUGUGAAAGUUACAGGGAUGAGGUGACCCCACAGGUACUUGAACUGUCAAGUAGGGUUCAUAGCGAGUCGGAGCUCCGUAAGUUGGGAGAAAAAAUGGCCAGGAAGUUAUCGACUCGCCAGCUUAAUCGCAGAAAGAAAGUGCUUGAUAUACUUCCAGAGAAAGAAGAAACAAAGAAUUUACUUUACAGUGACUUGGCAUUUUCAAAUCAUCAAUACCCACAAGAGUUACCAAAGCUGAGCACAGGAGACUUGAGCAGAACACAGUCUCUUAGCAAGCAAGUCAGAAAAAUCAGCGAUCCAGUUCUCAGGACCAGAAACCUACUGGAAAUGGACCGCAACGAUACAAUACGCAAGCUGCCAAGUUCGACAAAUCCGUUUAGAGAUUCAAUCAAUAGCGAGGGUGCAUCUUUUCUUGAUGAACAAGAAAUGAACUACUUGGACAACACAAACUUCAUCAACAGGAUUAAUUGA